CUCCAACUGCAGUUCUGCUAUCUCCCUUGUGGAAUACCUACAAGCAUCAUGACUCUUGAAGAAGUUCUCAUCCAGAAGCCCAGCGAGAGAGCUCAGUGCACUGGAAAAGCCCUCGAAGAUAUUUUGGUUUCUGCCAAAGCUAACGAAUGCCUCACCAUUGGGGUUUAUGAAUCUGCCAAAGUUAUGAAUGUUGACCCAGACAGUGUGUCUUUCUGCGUCCUGGCUAUGGAUGAGGAAUUUGAGUGUGACAUCGCUCUCCAAAUUCACUUCACUCUUAUACAAGCCUUCUGUUUUGACAACGACAUCAGCAUCGUCAGAGUGAAUGACAUGCAGCGUCUCUCUGAAAUUGUUGGCGACAAAUCGGGACAACUUGAUGAUGCUCACUGCGUUCUCAUCACGAACCCAACUGAAGGUUCAUGGGAGGAUCCAGCACUGGAAAAGCUUCACCUGUUCUGUGAAGAAAGUCGCAGCUACAACGAUUGGGUUCCUGAGAUCACUCUCAAUCGUUGAGCUAGAAGUUUACUCUUCUCUGUUGAGAUGCUGUAAACCUUGAGGAAUACUCGGCUCAUCCUUUGACUCAAGGAUGAUGAUGUUUCCACAUCCCUGGAUGCUCCUGAGGAGACUGAUCAAUCCAGGCAGCGCGAGGCAGGCCCGAGUGGCCCUCGCGGUUCUACGUCGUUUCUCGUCUCGUCCAUGCCAAGAUGCCCCUCAUUCUUUAUGUGAAUGAGGUCAGGUAUGCCACGAGAGCGACACAAUGGCCCUCAUUCUUUGUGCGGAUGAGGUUUGGAGAGGAAGGAGAAGCGAGUUUUGCCUCUGUUUCCACAGAGCAAAUAUCGCAUGCGUUGGACACGCAGGGGACGCGGCGGUGCGUCGAAGCAACGUUUUUAAAAAUGGACUUUAACAACCAUGGACAUUUUUCAAAAUGAAAUUGCUGCACAAUAUAACGUACCUUAUUGUCAGCAAUGUGCUUUCCACUUUCCAGAAUUGUCUUAUUCUCUAAAGGUUUCACUUUAGAAAAAUGAAAAUGGCAAGAAAAGAAAAAAAGAGAAAAAAAAUCUAAUUAAAAUAUCUAAAGGUUUCACUUUAGAAAAAUGUAUAUGGAAAAAAAAAAAACUAAUUUAAAAAUUUGAAGGUUUACCUUUAGAAAAAUGUAUAUGAUGAAAAACAAGAAGGGGAAAAAAAAUCCUAACAAAUCUCUAAAGAUUUCACUUUAGAAAAAUAUAUGAUGAAAAACGAGAAAAAAAUGUUUGAUAUUAAAAAAUAUUUAAAUAUGCUAUUUGAAAUUGUUCAUUGUAGAAAUGACUCGAUGCAUAAACAUAAUAAAUGUAUUAAAAUAUA